AUGAAGGAAUUCAUCGCAGAAAUUGUUAGCAUUGGCCGCCUUCAGAAUCAAAAUCUCGUACACUUACUUGGCUAUUGCAGGCGUCAUGGUGAGCUCCUGUUAGUGUAUGAGUACAUGCCCAAAGGAAGCCUCGAUAAGUACUUGUAUGGUGAAGUGGACAACAACUCCACAUUAAGUUGGGAUCAAAGGUUUUGGAUCAUCAGGGGCAUUGCAUCUGCAUUGAUUUAUCUCCACGAGGAGUGGGAGAAAGUAGUUGUCCACCGAGACAUCAAGGCAAGCAAUGUGCUCCUUGAUGAUGAGUUGAAUGCCCGGUUGGGUGAUUUCGGUCUAGCAAGGUUGUAUGAUCGUGGUGUUGAGCAAGAAACUACUCGUGUUGUUGGCACCAUUGGCUACCUUGCUCCAGAGCUAGCACGCACGGGCAAGGGUACUCCUCUUACCGAUGUAUUUGCAUUUGGUAUAUUUGUUCUAGAGGUCACUUGUGGCCAAAGACCUAUCAUGCAAAGCACACAAGAUAAGCAGGUCAUGUUGGUUGAUUGGGUGCUUGAGCACGCGCAACACGGAUCACUUGCUGAUGCAAUAGAUGUGAGGCUUAAAGGGGACUACAAUGUCGAAGAGGCAUAUCUGGCGCUGAAGCUAGGACUACUGUGCUCACACCCAUUUGCAUGUGCAAGGCCUAGCAUGCGGCAAGUGAUCCAAUACCUAGAUGGGCAUAUCGAACCACCAGAGCUACCAGCACACCAGAGCUUCCAAGCACUGGCCUUGAUGCAAAAUGAAGGGUUCGAUUCAUACAUCAUGUCAUAUCCUUCAUCAACGAGUGCAGGCACAAUAUCAAGCAGUUCAGGAGGAAGAUGA